GGGGAGGCAUGGACUCAGGAGAAACUCACUUGAAUCACUUGGCUCUUGUCUCAUUCAAAAAAAGAGAAAUCAUUUAACUUUCACUUUCCAUAUUUUUCCUUGAAGUCAAACAUGUGUUCUACUAAGCUUGAGAUUUUGGAAGAGUAGAGCUCUUGAACUUUACUUAAUGUUAUUUGUGUGAAUGGCUUUCCCAUUGUUGAUGUUUAGGAAAGUAAAGGUAGAAAGUAGAUACACACCUACUUUAUUUAACAUGACUGAGCAGAUUUUUACAGCUUAGAUCUACUUUUCUAGCCUAAAACAUGUAUGUCCACCUGAAUAAUUAAUACAAAUUAGGUUCUUUACAUAGAGUAACUUUGAUUUUUAACAUAUCACGAGUGGGGCGUUCAAUGAACAUCCAGCAAUCAUUCAGGACUUAAGGGGGAACUCCAUUGAUUUUAUACAUGUCUGUUGGCAGGUGUUGGGAAAUACUGCGACAUAUGUGAAAAAAGUUUCAUAAAGCCUUUUGUGGCUCCAAAGGCAGCUGCAUAAAGUCUGAUGUCAUUUGAGUCAGUAUUGGUUGGGUCUGGCAGUGUGGUGUUAGACAGAGGUGAGGUUACCAGACCAUCUCUGCUUCAGGCUAGUGGCUUGAGGCUAUAUUAGCUGCAACUAGCAUAACACCCAAAUCUCCAACUGAACAGACUGCUGUUAUGUUGCAUUCUGGGUAAUGUAUAAGUUUUACUGGUUAAACUGUCCAUUGUGAGUCUGACAAUGUUAUAGAAGUGCAGUACUCUUUUUAAAGAGUUGAUCUGAUUUGAGAGCAAAAUGUUGGGAAAUACGCUUAUUUGUUUUCUUGCCAAGAGCUUGCUGAGAAGCUCGAUACCACUCUCAUAUGCGUAUGGUAAAUAUGAAGUUACUGCCAGGAGCCGAGUAGCUUAUAAUAGAAUAAAGACUGGAAACAGGGGGAAUUGCUCUUUCUAAAGGUAACAAAAUCCUGCUUAUCAGCACCUCUAAGGCUCACUACUUAAUACGUAAAAUCUCAUUUGUUUAAUUUUGAAAAAGUGUAAAAAUGACUGAAUUUGAUUUUAUGGGGGAUUAUGUGCCAGACUAUUUCUUGGCCAGGCUUCAGGAAGUCACUGCUCCCAGCCAAGAUAGUACAUAGCACAUGCAUUUGCCAAAAUAUCAAACUAUUCCUUUAACAAAUAACUAACACUUUUGAUAAGUAUUUCCUAAAUUUGGCAAUUAAAGAAUUUAGAGCUACAAUGAUUUGAAUGAACUGAUUAUAGACAUACACUAACACAGAUCUAUCUAUGAUAAACUAAAAUCAGCCAAUAGUAUCAAACAUGCUAAUGUAUCAAUCAGGCUCUAAUCCACUAAGUACACUUGCACUAAGUUUGUUUUAUGUUCUUGAGAUUAGACUACAAUGUUUUCCUGCUGUUCCUCCACUGCUCCUCACAGGGACAACACACCUGAAUGAAGACGCUCCGCCUUGUGAAGUGUUGACCUCCUGCUUUGUAAUCUCUUUAUCUGUGCUGCUCAGCCAGCGUCGAAAAUGGACAGAGAGUUAAUCUCUAUGGGAACAUUGGGUAAUACCGUUGCAUAACAUUUCAUCUUAACAAAAGCCAGGAGAUCAACCUUGGCUACACACAACAUAGCUAUUCCCCCUCACAGGUGGGCUUUCCCAAACCUGCAAAGCAAAGCAUUCAGAUCACAUACUGUAUGUUGCAUCCUCACUGAGCACAUUUAAUCUGUUGUGUGGUUUUGGCCUCAUUUUUUUCAGGGCAGAAAAAAUGAGGCCAUUUGAAGGGAUUGGGACAGACCUAAAUUAAAACAGGAUUAGAGUUCAUGACACCACCUUAAUCCGUCGUCCCUCAGUGAGAAGGAGAGGGUGCAGGAGGGAAGAGGUGAGCGGUGAGAGGUGUGGCCAGGAAAGCCCGCAGUCCUACUGUCUGUCCACUCGGCUGAUGGCUCAAACAGAUCCCCCCCCCCCCCCCUCCCCUCCUGUGUUCCUUGCCGUCAUUGUACAGUAGUCUUUUAGAGAGCACAGAGAAAGAGGCUAUGACGGCAUCGCGCUGCUCACUAGGAUAGGACUUUCUGGAAUGAUUUGGACACAAACAUCGUCAGACUCCAGUAUGUCAGUGAGGAAAAUUAAUUUUCUCGGAUCUCACUUGAGAAGGGCAGCAAUUUGUGCAAUGGACUCUACAGCUGUGUUUUGAUGCAGAGCAGCAAUUUGGAAACUUGAUGACCAUAUCCUCAGCCUGCUGCAGAAAUGCCCGGGAGUCAGUACCAGGUGACAGGCACCAAGUUCCACCAUAGCCUCUACAGCCUGACAGACAGCUCUGUCGGCCCAGAGGAUGAGGAAGCAGACCCCCCGGUGCCCCUCACCCCCCUGCAGAAGCUCACCACAGACAUGUGCAAGGAUGAGAAGACCAUCAAGGAGCUGAUUAUAGGCCGCAGAGUGGGCUUCUACAAGGUCCGCGGGGAGAUCGGCUACGGGACCUUCUCCAGAGUCAAACUGGCUUUUCACGCUCUGACUAAAGACAAAGUGGCCCUGAAGAUCCUGGAUCGGACGAGGCUGGAUACUCAGGCUCAGCGGCUGCUCUCCAGAGAGAUCACCAGCAUGGAGUCCCUGCAGCAUCCUAACGUGGUCCGUCUGUACGAGGUGGUGGAGACGCCGAGUCGCCUCUUCCUGGUGCUGGAGUACGCAGGAGGAGGAGACCUCCACAAUAAGAUCUACAAUGAGGGGAAACUGUCUGACAACACCAGCAAGGUCGCGUUUGCCCAGAUCCUUUCUGCCAUCAAAUAUAUGCACGACAUCAGCAUCAUCCACCGCGACAUGAAGGCAGAGAACGUCCUGUUUACCAGCAGCGGCUGUGUGAAGGUGGCCGACUUUGGAUUCAGUACGCGGGUUUCAAACCGCAACGACGCCCUCGACACCUUCUGUGGCUCGCCACCUUACGCAGCCCCGGAGCUCUUCAGAGACGAGUGCUACGUGGGGCCUCCUGUGGACGUGUGGGCCAUGGGGGUUCUGCUUUUCUUCAUGGUGACCGGCACCAUGCCGUUCCGUGCCGAGACUAUGGGCAAGCUGCGGCGCUGCAUCAUUGAAGGCGCCUACACCAUCCCUCCCUGGGUGCCCGGCCCCUGCCAGAGGCUUAUCAAGGGCAUCCUGAAGACGGUCCCCGCCGAUCGUUAUGCCGUCGACCAGAUGCUGGGCUGUGAUUGGCUCUUACCUGUUGAGUUUCCCUGGUCGCUGGUGCCUCCUGAACCAGAUAGCCCUCUGCAAAGCCUGCUGGACUCGGAGCGUGGGGACCUGGAGGAAGAAGAGGAACAUGAGGAGGUCAGGAACUCGCUGGAGGAGCUCGGGAUUACCCAAUUGCACUUACGGAACAAUUCACUCAAAGACAGCCGCAGCCCUGUCACUGGAGUUUAUCGAAUCGUGCUGCACCGAGUGCAGAAGAGGAGGGGCUGCGACAGCCUGCCUGUAGUCCGAGGGAUGGUGAGGGACCCCAAGAGGGAGGGCCUCCGGGCCUACCGGGGCCUCAGACACACCUCCAAGUUCUGUGUGCUUUCAUAACAGACUGUUCGAGACGCUUCAGCACAGUUUUUAUACAGACUUCUUUUAUACCAACAUGGAAUUUAGAAGUAGAAGUUUUUUUAUUUUAUGUUUUACAUUGUUCAUGACAAUAAGUUGGUUUGUUUAUUUAUUAAGUGAGUUAAAUUGACAAAUACCUUUUCGGUUUGUAGCUUUUGAUACAUUUGUUUUGCUCCUUUUAGUGUAUCUUACGGGGGUUUGAGAAUAGCGUAGAAGAUACGUAAAAGUGCCUGAUAAAAUUAAACCAGAGAACUGUAAGAGUUGUGAAAGCAUCUUUAUAAAAUAUUUGCCCCUUGUAGAAACAGCAAAUUUGGAUUUAACCUGUAAAACUUGUACUGACAGCUGCUGUAAGUCAUUAUAUUCUAGGACUGCAAGUAAUUAUUUUCAUUAUCAAUUAAUCUGUUUAUUAUUUUUGAUUAAUUGUUUGGUCCAGUAAUGAAAAUGUGACCUAUAAUCACAAGUUAUGGCCUUUAUGCUCUGUUGACAUGAGAUGUCAGCAGAUGAGGUAAAGAUUUGAUGAUGAUUAAUGAGGAUUUUAGAGGCCUGAAGAGGUGAAAGCAUCUAGUAUGAGAGAAAAGCCAGACAAUGUUUUCUUUCUUAUCCUUUAAUCAUCUUGGAACAGCUCAGACUUACUUUAGGGGUUACUGGGAGGUCCAAACCUCCAUGUUGAGAACUACCGGUUUAGUCUGUAAAA